AUGCCUUACCUUGCAGAUCUACCGACAGAGCUUGAGAUUCAAAUCCUUGAGUACCUGGCUGACGACAAGAGGGCACUGAACUCUGUGAUACGCGUCAAUCGAGCUUGGAACAUGCACGCUAUCAAUCUUCUGUGGCGACACGCUUCUGCACAAGAUCUCGCAAAGAUCGAACCAUUCCCUCGACGUCAAUACUACGCCGAUAUGGUUAUUGAGCUAGAUGUGAAAACACGACAAUGCUAUCAACGGUUCAGAUUCUUGUUGUUUACCACUCUUACCGAAGUCAUUCUCGAUCCACCGCUCUUCGACUCAAUGCCGCUGAUGCGAUCAAUACGACUUCGCCCAUGUCUGCAACCUACCUUAAGAAAACUCCACCUCGAACCUGGAUUUGUGUUGACGGAAGAUGCAUUGGACAUGAUCUCUCUGUGUUGCCCUCUAUUGGAAGACCUCAAGCUCUCUUCUCGGCUCGUGUUUGGUGACUCUGACGAGUAUCUGACCCACUCGACAUUCAACUUGCCGAAGUUAUCCAGGCUUGUGCUUGCAUGGGAAUACAAGUAUUCGAGCCCGGCCUUGGAGCGUCUAGGCCAUCAACUGCCGUCGCUGGAGCAUCUUGAGGUCCGGUGGCACGAUCUGGACGUCUGGGAGCAAGAACCAUCCAUGGCUGUAUUCCCUCGACUGAAGUUCCUUGAACUUGAUUGCCCACCAUACUCACCUCGACUCAAUUUGUAA